GACGUUUCACACAGAGGUUAAGGAAUAGACGAUAGGAAUAGACGAUAGGAGCAGAUUUUUUGACUUUUCCACUGCAGCCCUGGGCUAGUGGGCUCGCGCGUGUUUCAUGUAUAGAAGUUGGUCGAACGGCUGAUCGCGCGCAGGCUGACUGAGCGGAACCUUUUCUCUGGAAACCAUGAUUCCUUCCGGAAGAAAACUAGGCUGCACCAGCUGGCGUUGCACUGGACCCGUUUUCUAGAUAAUGUAACAACUGUUUGACUUGCAAAGUAGGAUAAUAAGUUGUACCAUACACGGUAAUGAGGUAUUAAGUUGAUAAUACAUUCAUAACCUGGCUGCUGGCUCAUAUUAGCAGCUUUACCGUUAACAGGCACCCGGUAACGCAUCGCUUUAAAAGUCAACCCCUAGGUGAGAUACCGUAAAUGACUGCGACUAUUAACUUGUAGGCCUUUAUCUAAGGGUAACUGCAGCUUCUGAAGAGGUCCAUGAUGCUGUGAACAGCACAUUAUUCACAGACCGCUAGUAGUAAAGUAUUCCCUGGGACAGAUGUGUGUAUUUUAUAUGAAGAUGAUUUUAUUUUGCUGUUAGCGUAAGUUGCGUCUGACGGACACCAUGGAUGAAGAACCAGAGAGAGCCAAGCGCUGGGAAGGGGGCUAUGAGAGGACUUGGGAAGUGCUGAAGGAGGACGAAUCUGGAUCCCUGAAAGCCACAGUGGAGGAGAUCCUGUUCCAGUCUAAGAGGAAGAGGGUGAUAGAGAGCCAUGGACAAGUGAGGCUUGGAAUGAUGCGUCACCUCCACGUGGUAAUUGACUGUUCAAGAAGUAUGGAUGACCAUGACUUAAAACCAAACCGCCUCACCUCCACUCUGAAGCUCAUGGAAUCUUUUGUUGAGGAGUAUUUUGACCAAAACCCCAUCAGUCAGCUGGGCAUUAUCACCACAAAGAAUAAACGGGCUGAGAAGCUGACCGACCUGGCAGGAAAUCCAAAGAAUCACAUUGUUGCUCUGAAGAAAGCAGUCGCCACUUUGUGUGUUGGAGAGCCGUCCUUAUACAACUCUCUCAACCUGGCCAUUCAGACACUCAAGCACAUGCCUGGACAUACGAGCCGGGAGAUCCUCAUCGUCCUUAGCAGCCUCACUACAUGUGACCCAGCCAACAUAUGUGAGCUGAUUAAGACCCUGAAGGCUCUCAAGGUGCGGGUGUCUGUGAUUGGCCUGUCAGCUGAGGUCCGGGUGUGCACAGUCCUGACCAGAGAGACGGGAGGCUCGUACCGCGUUAUCCUGGAUGAGAGUCACUUCAAGGAGCUGCUGAUGCUGCAUGUCAAACCUCCUCCAGCCAGCUCUUCAUCUGAAUGCUCUUUAAUACGCAUGGGUUUUCCUCCACACAUCAUCGCCUCCCUCACUAAUCAGGAUGCCAAGCCUUCAUUCAGCAUGUCGCACCUGGACAGCAGCAGUGGUGCGGGUCUGUCUCUGGGAGGAUACUUUUGUCCGCAGUGCCAAGCAAAGUACACAGAGCUACCUGUGGAGUGUAAAGUCUGCGGUUUGACUCUGGUGUCGGCACCCCAUCUUGCCAGAUCCUUCCACCACCUUUUCCCGCUCGCAGCCUUUACAGAGAGUCCUGUGGAUGGGCUCCAAGACGACAGGGUCUGUCAAGCUUGUCAAGGGGAGCUGAAAGAUAAAACUGCAUUCACCUGUCCAUCGUGUCGCAGUGUAUUCUGUGUGGAGUGUGACCUCUUCAUCCAUGACUCGCUACACUGCUGCCCCUGCUGUCUUCACAGUCAGAGCCCCACCUGAUACUGAGGGGCUGACUGUCCCACACAGACUGAAAUAAACUCAUGGGUCAUGUGCCCUUAUUGGCUCAUCACAUCGAUCAUAUUGGUAUCAUGAAGAUAUGCAAAAAGAAAUGUUUGGUUUGGUUGAUCCUUUCAUUUUGAAGGUGGAAGCAGUUUGUUGCGAUAUAGACCAUGCUGGCCAAAGAGCUUCUCCUUUUUUAGCGUUUCUGUUACUGCUGUUAAAUGGCACAUUGCAUUAUUUUUAUAAGAAACAGUUUGAUCAAAUUGUUUAUACGUUUGGUAGCAUGCUACAGUUCUGUUUGUGACACAGUAGUUGGAAUUUGACUUGGAACUUGUACUUAUUAUUUUUGUACUAUAAAAGCACCAUAUAAAUGCAGUCCAUAUGCCACCAAUGUUGACUCUCCAUAUUUAAAUGUGUACUUUUGGACCAAAUAAAUAAAAUAAUCACAA